AUGGAUCCUUCACAGAGGAAUCUCUACAAAGGUGUGAUGCUGGAGACUUAUAUGAACCUCACUGCUAUAGGCUACAACUGGGAAAAUCUUGAAGUUGAAGAACAUUGUCAAAGUUCUCAAAAACAUGGAAGGCAUGAAAGAAGUCAUACUACAGAGAAAUCAUAUGAAUAUAUUGAGUGUGGUAAAUCCUUUGAAUAUCAUAGUCAUCCUCAAAGGCAUGAAAAAACACAUACUGGAGAGAAACUCUAUGAAUAUAAUCAUUAUGGUAAAGCCUUUGCACACCCCACUCAUCUUCAAGUACAUAAAAGAACACAUACUGGAGAGAAACCCUAUGAAUGUAAACAGUGUGGUAAAGCCUUUGCUCAUAACAGUUCUCUGCAAAGGCAUGAAAGAACACAUACUGGAGAGAAACCCCAUGAAUGUAAUCAGUGUGGUAAAGCCUUUGCUCAACACAGUGCUCUUCAAAGUCAUGAAAGAACACAUACUGGAGAGAAACCCUAUGAAUGUAAACAGUGUGGUAAAGCUUUUGUACAUUUCAGUUAUCUUCAAGUACAUAAAAGAACACAUACUGGAGAGAAACCCUAUGAAUGUAAUCAAUGUGGUAAAGCUUUUGUACAAUCCAGUCAUCUUCAAGUACAUAAAAGAACACAUACUGGAGAGAAAUCCUAUGAAUGUAAUCAAUGUGGUAAAGCCUUUACACAGCCAUGUAAUCUUCAAGUACACAAAAGAACACAUACAGGAGAGAAACCCUAUAAAUGUUAUCAAUGUGGUAAAGCCUUUGCUCAACAUAGUGCUCUUCAAUUGCAUCAAACAACACAUACUGGAGAGAAACCGUAUAAAUGUAAUCAGUGUGGUAAAGCCUUUGCUCGACAGAGUGAUCUUCAAAGGCAUGAAAGAACACAUACUGGAGAGAAACCCCAUGAAUGUAAUCAGUGUGGUAAAGCCUUUGCUCAACACAGUGAUCUUCAAAGGCAUGAAAGAACACAUACUGGAGAGAAACCCUAUGAAUGCAAUCAAUGUGGUAAAGCCUUUACACAGUCACAUAAUCUUCAAGUACACAAAAGAACACAUACAGGAGAGAAACCCUAUAAAUGUAAUUAG